UGAAAGCAUAUCACAGUGACUUCCGCUGCUGGACCGCGGCUUGGCUCGGCUGCUAUAAAAACGCUGCGUGUCUUAUACCGGGAGGGCAUAUCUAACGUUACCCGCUUGUUCUUCGAAUAACGGCACAUCCAUUCAACCGUUAAUCAUGGUUCGCGAAGUGGAAAAUUUGGAUGAGUUUAAUGCCAUCCUGAAGGAGGCCGGAGACAAGCUGGUGGUGGUGGACUUCACAGCCACAUGGUGUGGCCCCUGUAAACAAAUUGGCCCAGUAUUUGAAGAGCUGUCACAAAAGCCCGAGAACAAGAACGUGAUCUUCCUGAAGGUGGAUGUAGACGAGGCUGAGGAUGUGAGUUCACACUGCGGGAUUAACUGCAUGCCAACAUUCCAUUUCUACAAGAAUGGACAGAAGGUGUUCGAGUUCUCCGGUGCUAACACAACCACACUGAAAGACAAACUGGCAGAAAUGAGAUAAUAAGUCCCUAGGACCAAUCCACACACACACACACCAUUAUUGUAUAAAUACUACAGAAGCCACUGUUACUCUCUGUCCACAUCUCAGAAAUUCCAGUUUCAUUUAUGUACAAUACACAUCAGGUCCUCUGUGCCACACAGGCAGUAAUUUAUUCCACUCAUCAUGUACUGGUUACAUAGUCCUGUCAUCUCCAUGUGUUUAUCAACUGUCUUAACAACAGGCUGGAAUUUGACUAAAACCUGAUGUGAUGACCACUUUUUAAUUCUGUUUUAUAUGAACUGAAUUGGCUUUUCUCCUGAUUGACUCCUGAGAAUUUCUUUGUAUGUUAAUGUCUUCAACAAGGUGGAUCUAAUAAAUGAAGAUGAGUUACCAGAAA